UGAGCGUCAGCGCAGCGGAGCGGGCAUCUUGCGAACUGCUGCUGCUCGCAUGCCCGGCGUCAUUGAUUCUUGAAUCAUGUAGGUAUCACGGGCAUGAGCCUCUCUGUUGGGCAGAGGCAAGAAAGCACCGGCUCUUCCACUGCAGACACGAAAACUUUAAGAUCCAGCUCUUCGAGCCACAUUGCACCUUUUGGUUUUUCCAAAAAUACCCAACAGACUUGACCAUCCUUGUGAAAGGUCUUUGCUUCUUUCAGUCCGCUACCAUCAACAGUUAGUGCGAGAAAACUACCAGUUCAAACAAGCUCUUUUACACAUCAACAUCAUGGACGGAGAAACCCAAUCAAACAGACCCGAACAAGCUCCUCUGGAGCGCUUCCCACCAGAAGUUGCCGAGAUGAACUCCAAGUACCACAUGGACGGCUCAACCACCAUUGAAACCCGCCAAAUCUCGGGGGUUGGCGUUUCCUUUGGCCCUGGCAUGGAGGUUCUCAAGAUGACCGGUUUUCCUUCUUGUAAAGCGGAAUGCAAGAAGUGGUCCAAGCACACCAUCAGAUUGGACCAGGAUCCGUCACGUCUCCUGACGAUCCAUACCCUGUUCCUGUCUGUCCGCGGCAAGCCGGUCGCUACCAAUUACAUCUCUUCCGGGCCUGGUGACGGGACACUUGAGCUCUUGAACCUUUUACCAAGCGAAGAGAUCAAGGAGCAAAUACCUCAAGCUCUUUUGAAGGGUGCGAAGUGGUCUACAAAGCACCCGAAGUGCACAGACGGCAGUGCUCUGAGAACCGUACUCUCGCUAACAACGCAGUUUGGUCCCCUCAAAGAUCAAUUUUUUGAGCCUUUGCCAACGAUGAUACGGGUAACAGCCUUGUUUCAAAAUGAGGAUGACGCCAGGAGAGCUGUCGAGGUUCUCAAUCAGUCACCACUGCCGUUCGACCCGCAGCAAAUGCUGAUAGCUAGACUGGAGUAUCAAAUGGAGUUCAAGGGUCCAAAAGAAUGGGUUGAGAACAUUCCUGGACAGCUUCUCAGCAAAGCUUCCAUUUCCAGGAACAUCCAUCAGAUAAAGCUUGCCCUAUCACCCGACGUUGAACAACGCUUCAGCCUGAGCGGAGAAACCCGUGAAGUGCUCGUCGAGGCAAUGGAGUGGGUACGCAAGCUCCCCGUCUCCGGCCAAAUCCACGAGGACAAGUCAAGCUCCCGGGACUUUACCACAACAGACGAGUGCUGUGUCAUAUGUGGUGAUACGGCAGAGUCACCCGUGAUCACUCAGUGUAAACACGUUUACUGUGGUGACUGCUUCGACAACCUUUGCUUCAGCACCUUUUCAAUCGGAAGCUGGCGAAAUAAGGCCAUCUGUCAGGCGCCCAAACCAUCGGGCACCUCGACAGCACUUGACAACUCCAUCUGUGGCUGCACUUUCACUCUCCCAGAGCUCCAGGAAUUGCUCAACCCCAGUACCUUCGAACGCCUCCUCAUUGCGUCCUUCAAAUCCUACGUCCACCGCCAUCCAGACAAGCUGCAAAAUUGUCCCACUACCAACUGCGAUUACAUCUACUUUGUCACGGAGCCCUACGACCAACCCGAUCGGCACAGCGACGAUCCCGCCACAGCACCGCACAUCACCUGCCUCCAUUGCCUCGCCAACAUCUGCACACGCUGCCAGGAAGGCCACGCAGCCAGAGGCAUGACCUGCCUCGAGUUCCAAGAUCACCUAGCGCAUGGGGCACACUCGAUAGCCCUCGCCAAAGCAGAGCAGGGCAUCAAGGACUGCCCAAAAUGCACGACGUUCCUUGUCAAAGUUGACGGGUGUAACCACGUCACUUGUCCUGUAUGCAAUACCCACCUGUGCUGGAAGUGCUUGGAGAUGUUUAGAGGUGAAGCUGCCGAGGAUCGCGCGUAUAGGCAUUUGGAAGAGGUGCAUGACGGGAUCUAUGAUGAUCUUCCCGAUGAGGAAGAUGAGGAAGACUAUGAUGAUCUUCCCGAUGAGGAAGAUGAGGAAGACUAUGAUGAUCUUCCCGAUGAGGAAGAUGAGGAAGAUCUCGGUGAUGAUGAUGAUGAUGAUGAUGAUGAUGAUGAUGAUGAUGAUGAUGAUGACGACGACUGGGAGCAAAAUAAUGGGUUUGGAGAUCCGGAGGUUAUUUGCAUACUGGCACAUCUAGUCGGACGUGUGCAUCGACAAGAUGAAGAGCUACGCAGAAUCAUGGAAAAUUUUGCUGAUCCGGAUUUCGAGGAGGGACAGGGCGAACGAGCGGAUACUGGACAAGAGGAUAACGGGGAUGAUGGUGAGGGUGCGGGUGUGAACAGAGAGGAUGCCGCUAACCAUGGCAUUGAGAUUGAAGACGACCAAGUAGGUCUUCGGAUUCAGGGGGCUCCAGAAGCACAAGAUCAAGAGGUGAGUUUAGAGAGGGUGGUUUGGCGAGAAGAUGGGCGAAUGAACGAGCGAGCGCAACCUCAUCAGCGGAGGGAUUGGGAAGAGGCUGAUGUCAUUGUCCAUGAUAUUUCAAAUUGGGAAUACUACUUUUGGAAGCGAAUUCAACUAGCUAUUUAUAUUAUUGUAAACUUUAUUCUAUAG